ACCUUGUCCAAAUUAACCCCAGUGAUCCCAUCUCCAGGGAAGGAAACCUCUCUCUCUUUCCCUCUAUAUACACAUUCUCCAGCAUCAUUUACAAAACCCCAAGUUCAAUUAGGGCUUAUGAAGGUAAGCUCAAUUUGAAAUUCGACGUGGGAAAAAUCCCUAAUCUUGGAGCAAUUAUCGAUGAGAAGGGACAAGACUCAGGCGAAUUUGAUCAAUUUCGUUUAGAUGCAUGUCAAUGGUGUGUCCUUGGAUCUGAAUUGGUUCCUGCAAUUCACUUUCUCCGUAUUUAUAAUCUCGUUCGGUUUGCUAUACUUGGUGAAGAGCACGGCGUCGAAGUACUUCGAAGUCGACGCCAAUUUCGAGGGAGGGGAAAAAGGCAGUGAUCGAGGUGGUAAUACAAUGCCUGGGAUACCCACCAAAGAAGAGGAAAACUCUUGUGCUGUCUGCGGCAGUCCUGGUUCUAAGAAGUGCUCUCGUUGCAAAUCCGUCAGAUACUGCUCGUUGAAGUGCCAAUCAGCAGAUUGGAAUUCUGGGCAUAAUAGAAAUUGUAAAGAUUCUGGCAAGGAAAAUUCAACACGGACUGCAACGAGCUGUGCUGGAGUCAAGUCUUUUGGGCUUGGGAAAAGAACUUCUUCAGGAAUUGCAUUGAUUCCUGGCACCAGAUCCUCCAGCCAUGUUAAAAAGCCAAGCAAGGUUCUUUUUCCCUAUGAGGAAUUUGUGAAACUUUUCAACUGGGAGAAGCCAGGGUUUCCUCCUUGUGGGCUAUUAAAUUGUGGAAACAGUUGUUUUGCCAAUGUGGUUCUACAGUGCCUUACAUACACAAGGCCACUUAUUGUGUACUUGCUGGAGAAUGGUCAUAAGAGAGAAUGCAGACGUAAUGAUUGGUGCUUUCUUUGUGACUUUCAAGACCAUGUUGAAAGAGCAAACCACAGUCAGCUUCCUUUUUCGCCAAUCAACAUUCUAUCUCGAUUACCCAAGAUUGGUGGCAAUCUUGGCUAUGGUAGACAGGAGGAUGCUCACGAAUUUAUGAGAUUUGCCAUCGAUACAAUGCAAUCUGUGUGCCUGGAUGAAUAUGGUGGGGAAAAAGCUGUUCAUCCCAGCGCUCAAGAGACAACUCUUAUUCAACAUAUAUUUGGUGGUCACUUGCAAUCUCAGGUGAUCUGUACAAACUGCAAUAAGAUAUCAAAUCAGUAUGAAAAUAUGAUGGAUUUAACUGUGGAAAUUCAUGGUGAUGCUACAUCAUUGGAGGAAUGCCUUGAUCAGUUCACGGUCCAAGAGUGGCUUCAUGGAGAAAAUAUGUACAGAUGUGAUGGGUGCAAUGACUAUGUCAAGGCUUGGAAGCGUCUUACUAUUCGGCACGCUCCAAAUGUCCUUACAAUUGCCUUGAAAAGAUUUCAGAGUGGGAGAUUUGGGAAACUUAAUAAGAGAGUGACCUUCCCCGAGACACUAGAUCUUAGCCCCUAUAUGAGUGAUGAAACAAAUGGUACAGAUGUGUACAAACUUUAUGCGGUUGUUGUUCAUGUGGACAUGCUGAAUGCAUCAUAUUUUGGUCAUUACAUCUGUUAUACCAAGGAUUUCUGUGGAAGGUGGCACCGAAUUGAUGAUUGCAAGGUCACAACUGUUGAUUUGGAUGAGGUGCUAUCUCAAGGAGCAUACAUGCUUCUGUAUAACAGGGUUCAUCCCCGAGCUUCGUGUCUUAGAUCCGUUGAAUCUUCAAUCAAAGGGGAGCAACAAAUGAUGAAUGGGGAAGAGGAAUUUCGUCAGAAAGAAGAUGUCAAAUGCUUUUCUAUGGCAGAUUCGAUCAAACCCCAUCUGCGGUGUGAAAAUGGUUUGCAUGUUAAGUCAUCCACAGAAGUGAAUUCUGGAAUUGUAGGUAGUGAUUCAAUGGAUAUUGAGGAUGCUGACUUAACAAGUGAGGCUUCCACAAGCGAAAGCAUGUCAUCUAUUCAAAUUAAUUUUGAAUCUGCAAGAAAGAAUGCGGAAGAUGUGGAUAUGGUUUGUUCCGAGUCAAGUCCAUCUACGUCAAAGGAGGCUAAUGGCCGUGAGAAAGACGAUCCAGUGGCAUGCAGUGCAUCUCAGAAAAUGUGAGAGACGAAUUAGUGGACACAAGUCUGAUGAAUUCCAAGUGAAGUGAGAUUACUCUGGUUCAAAUUCAAGAUCUAAAAUGCGGAUCGAUCAACCUCACAUGAUUCAGAUGACACAGAAAGGAAUGGACACAUAAAAAGUAGAGAUGUUAGCUUGCACUUUUAGUCCAUAGGUGUCCGUCCAUGUUCUAACUCAUUGUUUGUUAAUGCUUUGAAACAUUUAGGCAUUAGCUCCUUUAAGUGAAAAGGCGGGCCAGGGGUUCUUUUAUUAUUUUUGUCUGGGGUUUUAUUAUUAUUAGUAUAACCCUGGAUUCCUAAUGGUUGAGAUUAAUGUCAAGAAACAUUCGGCACGAUCGAGUUCCCUUUGAACUUGUUUUCAUUAUAAUCAUACUUUCUUACAUAUAGAAACAGGAGGACACUUGCUCUA